AUGCUCAGAUCCUUUGUCACAAAGCGUACUUUCAGUUCAUCUGCGGUUUGGUUAGCUGCCAAGAAGCAACACGACGUGGUAGUUGUCGGUGGUGGUCCAGGUGGUUACAUUGCUGCCAUCAAGGCCGCUCAAUUGGGACUAGACACUGCUUGUGUUGAGAAAAGAGGUAGAUUGGGUGGUACUUGUUUGAACGUUGGAUGUAUCCCAUCAAAGGCUCUUUUGAACAACUCUCAAAUGUACCAUCAAAUGAAGACCGAUUCCAAGAACCGUGGUAUCGAUAUCAAGGGUGAAGUUGCCCUCAAUGUGGAACAAUUCCAAAAGGCCAAGGACACUGUUGUUAAGCAGUUGACUGGUGGUAUUGAAAUGUUGUUUAAAAAGAACAAAGUUGCCUACUACAAGGGUUUAGGUACAUUUGAAAAUGAAAACAGCAUUAAAGUUAAGCCCGUCGAAGGAUUAGAAGGUAGUGUUAACGAAGAAACUAUUUUGGAAGCCAAAAAUAUCAUUGUUGCUACCGGUUCCGAAGUUACACCUUUCCCUGGUAUUAAAAUCGAUGAAGAAAGAAUUGUCUCCUCUACUGGUGCGCUUUCUUUGAAAGAAAUUCCAAAGAGAUUUGUCAUUCUAGGUGGUGGUAUCAUUGGUCUUGAAAUGGGUUCUGUUUACAGCCGUUUGGGUUCUAAGGUCACUGUUGUAGAAUUCCAACCACAAAUUGGUGCCUCUAUGGAUAACGAAGUUGCUUCCACUACUCAGAAAUUCUUGAAGAAACAAGGUCUUGAUUUCAAAUUGGGUACCAAGGUUGUUUCUGCUGAAAGAAACGGCGAUGUUGUUAACAUCGUUGUUGAAGACGUUAAAUCUGGUAAGCAAGACAAACUGGAAGCAGAUGCCUUCUUAGUGGCUGUUGGUAGAAGACCAUACAUCCAAGGUCUAGAAGCUGAGAAAAUUGGCUUGGAAGUCGACAAGAGAGGUCGUUUGGUUAUCGAUGACCAAUUCAGCUCUAAAUUCCCACACAUUAAAGUCAUUGGUGACGUCACUUUCGGUCCUAUGUUGGCUCAUAAGGCUGAAGAAGAAGGUAUUGCCGCUGUUGAAUACAUCAAGGAAGGUGUUGGUCACGUUAACUACAACAACAUUCCAUCCGUUAUGUACUCUCAUCCAGAGGUCGCUUGGGUUGGUAAGACUGAAGAGCAAUUGAAAGAAGCUGGCAUUAACUACAAGGUUGGUAAGUUCCCAUUUAUUGCAAACUCCAGAGCUAAAACCAAUUUGGACACCGAAGGUUUUGUGAAGGUCUUGAUCGACUCUGAAACUGAACGUUUGUUGGGUGCCCACAUCAUUGGUCCUAAUGCUGGUGAAAUGAUUGCCGAAGCUGGUUUAGCUCUUGAAUAUGGUGCUUCCGCUGAAGAUAUCGCACGUGUGUGCCAUGCUCACCCAACUUUGUCUGAAGCUUUCAAAGAAGCUAACUUGGCUGCCUUUGACAAGCCAUUGAAUUUCUAA